AUGGCUGUGGACGAAGCCGCUGCAUCCGAGAAAAUGAUAGAAAAUUCGGAUCCUCAAAACAAGCCCAAAAUAAACAAGUUUGCUUUAGCUUGUGCCAUUUUAGCUUCCAUGAUUUCCAUCUUGCUCGGUUAUGAUAUUGGAGUGAUGAGUGGAGCAGCUUUGUACAUACAACGAGAUCUCAAAGUAUCUGACGUCAAAAUCGAAAUCCUCAACGGUAUCAUCAAUCUCUACUCGCCGGUCGGUUCUUUCAUCGGCGGCAGAACCUCCGACUGGCUAGGUCGACGUUACACAAUUAUGCUCGCCGGUGUUAUUUUCUUCGUCGGAGCAAUCCUCAUGGGACUCUCCCCUAACUACGCUUUUCUCAUGUUUGGCCGGUUCUUCGCCGGCGUCGGAAUCGGCUUCGCCUUCCUCAUCGCCCCCGUCUACACCUCCGAAAUCUCCCCUACCUCCUCUCGUGGCUCCCUCACUUCCUUGCCGGAGAUAUUUCUGAACGGAGGGAUUCUAAUAGGAUACAUUUCGAACUACGGAUUUUCGAAGCUGCCGCUUCGGCUGGGAUGGCGGCUGAUGCUUGGAGUUGGAGCCAUUCCAGCCAUUCUCCUAGCCAUGGCGGUGUUAGCCAUGCCGGAGUCGCCGAGGUGGCUGGUGGCGCAAGGUCGAUUAGGCGAAGCCAAAAGAGUUCUCUACAAAAUCUCCGAGUCGGAGCAAGAAGCUCUGCUAAGGCUAGCCGACAUAAAAGACACGGCUGGGAUUCCUCAUGACUGCGACGACGACGUCGUUUCAGUGACCAGGCAAACCCACGGGCAAGGCGUGUGGAAAGAGCUUUUCCUCCACCCCACGCCCGCGGUUCGCCACAUCUUCAUCGCGUCGCUCGGGAUUCACUUCUUCGCGCAAGCCACGGGCAUCGACGCCGUCGUUUUGUACAGCCCCAGGAUCUUCCAGAACGCCGGAAUCAAAUCCGAUAACUACCUUCUCCUCGCCACCGUCGCGGUUGGGUUCGUGAAAACGGCUUCCAUUUUGGUGGCCACGUUUUUGUUGGACCGGGCAGGGCGGCGCGUGUUGCUCUUGUGCAGCGUUAGUGGGCUGAUUAUCUCGCUCGUGGCAUUGGGAGUGAGUCUCACAGUGGUGGCCCAUUCGGAGUCAACGUUGAAGUGGGCCAUUGGGCUGAGCAUCGCUUCUGUGUUGGGCUUCGCGUCGGCUUUCUCGAUGGGGUCGGGGCCCAUCACGUGGGUGUAUAGCUCGGAGAUUUUCCCGCUGAGGUUGCGGGCUCAGGGCGUGGCUAUUGGGGCCGUGGUGAAUAGGGUGACGAGUGGGGUGAUUUCAAUGACUUUUCUGUCCCUCUCUAAGGCCAUUACCAUUGGCGGUGCCUUCUUUCUCUUCGCCGCUGUCGCAGUUGCUGCAUGGAUUUUUCACUACACGAUGCUCCCUGAAACACGUGGGAAGACUCUUGAAGAAAUUGAAGGGUCUUUUGGUCAUUUCUGGAGGAAGCCUAAAGCUAAAGGUCUUGAAUACGAUAAGGCCGAUGUCCAAUUGGGGAGUCGUGACCAAACUUCCACAAACGUAUUGGGAUAA